GCUGGAACCUAGUACAGCGUGCUAAGGGGUGACCUAACGACUUCGCUCGCCCCGCCCAUCUCUGCGCUACUGCUGUGCUGGAGGCACCAUGGCAACCAGACUUCUGCGUCUUCUGAGAAGCCAGCCAGCUCCUCUGUACGUUGUGGUUUCCUAGUCCUACCAUCCUGACGAGACGUGAAGAUGUACAGCCAGCGCUUUGGCACAGUCCAGCGGGAAAUUAAGGGCCCCACUCCCAAGGUGGUGCUCAUGAGAGCCAAGCCUUCCAAGUCUCAAGGGGCUGAACAACAUCUGAAAAGAAUCCAGCGCAGCUACCAGAAGUAUCAUACUACUUUGGCUUCCAUUAAGUCAAAUGAGCAGGAUCGCCUGAAUGUUGACUGGAUCCAGCACAGUGACCGCAAGUAUUUGAGCAGUCUUGUGCAAGCAAGAAUCAAGGAUGGCAUGCAAGCAUUUAUCAUCAGCACUGAAGAAAGACGUAAUAAACUACGUGAACUUUUAGCAUCAGAAGAAAACAUGUAUUUUACUGAAAUGCAAUUGAAAGAAGAAACUAUUGAAGAGAAAAAAGACAGAAUGAGAGAAAAAACCAAAUCAUUAAGAGAGAAGAAAGAAAAAGAGAGGCAGGAUUUUGUGGCUGAAAAGUUAGACCAGCAAUUCAGGUAACAAAAUUGGAAAAGGAUGCAGAGUAUUAGCAUGGGGUUGUUAAGUGCACUAAUAAGGAGAUGAUGAUACCGUAGCAACAGCAGUCCAGGAAAGGAAGCUGAUACGUAAUUCCUUUCAGGAAUGAGGACUUUGAGACCAUUGUUAGUUCUUGAGGUGAGAGGAAGAACAUUAGAUAGAAAAUGGUACAAUACUGGAAAACACAAUGGAGGCCUUAGAGGAAAGUGGAGGCUUCCCUUUAAAACAUGGAGAGGAGGGCUAGA